AUGUCGGGCCAAGUCACCUCUUCGGACCUCAGUCCUGUCAUUACCACCGGUGGCUGUGGGAAUCAAGUCCCUGGCGUCCAUUACCACACUUGCGAUAUCACAUCCUCCGCGGACAUAGAGUCCGUCUUCGUUGAGGUCAGGCCCCAGACUGUCCUCCACGUCGCAUCUCCAGACCCGCUGGUCCUAAACCCAGCUCGAUUCCGCAGCGUGAACGUCAACGGCACAAAGAAUCUCCUAGGCGCGGCUAAAAAGACAAAAUCCGUAAAGGCGUUUGUCUACACCUCAACGUCAUCGGCUAUCCACGAUAACGUCAGCGAGCUGGUCGACGCCGACGAGUCGCUGCCAGUCCUUCGACACCCAGCCCAGAGGCGCGUGUACACUCUGACCAAGGUCGAGGCCGAAGACGAGAUCCUUGCAGCCAACCGUCAGGAUGGCGAUUCCUCCAUAUUGACGGCAUCCAUUCGUCCCGCUACGGCUUUUGGAGCGCGCGAUUUUGGCUUCCUAGGCAAAAACUACUACGAUGUCACGUAUAUCUCCAAUCUCGUGGACGCCCAUCUCCUCGCUGCCCAUGCCCUUACCGACGCCUACGGCAAUGUUGCUCCGUCUCCUGAGAGGCGGGUCGACGGCGAGGCUUGUAUCAUCACCAACGACGAGCCAGUUCUUUUCUGGGACUUUCAGCGGGCCAUUGCUACAUCCGUUGGCAUGCCUGUUAAACAGGAGGACAUCAAAGUCGUCCCUUACUGGGUUGCUAUGCUGGUAGCCACAGUGAGCGAGUGGAGCACCUGGAUCUUUUCCUUUGGCAGGAAGCAGGCCCCCAUCACCAGGGAAGCCGUCCACCUGAGCACCAUCACGCGGACCCUUGAGUGUGACAAGGCCAAGCGGAUUCUGGGCUAUAAGCCGAGGGUGGGUGUCUACGAGGGGCUGGAGGAAUCUAGCAAGUGGUUUGCUGAUGAAGCGAAGAGGGCUGAGCAGGCGAAGAAGACGGUCUGA